AUGCAAACCUCAUUCUUCACCAGACUCGCUGCGCUUGCUGCACUUGCCUCUGUUGUUGUUGCAAUCCCUUCUGAUUGUACCCGCAAGAUAACAAUUAAACCUGGAGAUACAUGUGCCACAAUCUCCGCUCAACACAAAGUCUCAACAUACCAGCUGAUGAACGUUAACACCGGCAUCAUUAACACCGCUUGUGAUCUGCAUCUCGGAGAAGAAAUAUGCCUUGGAAUUAAGGGCAAAGACUGCACUGACGUCCACGUCGUGAAGGAGGGCGACACUGUCUACGACAUUUCCCAAGCAGCUGGUAUCUCGUCAACCACAUUGUACGCGAACAACAAAAACGUGGACUCCAGCACCGGUUUCAUAAUUCCUGGCGAGGUUCUCUGCAUUUCGAGCCACAUUUACUAUUAG